UAUACUUUCUGAGCUCUCUCUCUCUAAGCUCCAAUCAUUCUCCUCUCUCUCCUCUUUUGUGCCAAUUUUGGUUUUUGGGUUUCUCUCUCUAGAAGUUCUUCACUGGUGUCACGGCGGGAGAAAAGGAAGUGAAAGUGUAGAAGCAAACAAUUCCUCUGUUUUUACGAAAACUGUUUUCUUUCUUCUUUGCUGCUAAAUCAUCUCUUGGGGACUCUUUUUUUUGUAUUAGCUUUGUGUUGGGAGUGUGCGAUCAUCCUGAUUUUGGUCCAAUUGCAACCGUUUCAUGAGUCAUAUUUGCAGGAACUGACUAGAUGGAGAAGCCUUUAAAGAAACCUAUGUCAAACGUCUCUGAAGCUGCUUCAACAAAGACUCCUUACAAAGAGAAGAAUGCUUGGGCCAUUCCCCUUGGAUCUGCCGCAUAUCAUGCAUCAACUGAUACAAGCUUGUUCUCUAGCUCAUUGCCUGUGCUACCUCAUGCAAAAUUAAACUUCAAUGAGUCCGAGCACUAUGGUCAAUCCAUUGAUGAUAGCUCACCUAGCUUAAGCAAGCUUCAAUUGGAAGAUAAAAUUAAAGAUCCGUUAGAAGAGGUUGAGUCAAGUCCAGUUGGGUUCUUGCUUCCAGGGGAUGAAGAUGAGCUACUAGCAGGCUUAAUGGAUGACUUUGAUCUUAGUGGAUUACCGUCUCAGCUGGAGGACUUGGAAGAUGAUUUUUUUGGCAGUGGAGGACUAGAAAUGGAACCUGAGGAUCAAAAUAAUUUACUUAAUGGUUUUGCAACCUUAAGCAUGUACGAUGGUAUUCCUGGAAGCAGUAGUGGACAUUACAGUGUUCCAAAUGGUGCUGCAACUGUUGUGGGGGAACACCCAUAUGGAGAGCAUCCAUCAAGGACAUUAUUCGUUCGAAAUAUUAACAGCAACGUUGAGGACUCGGAGUUGAAAUCUCUCUUUGAGCAAUUUGGUGAUAUCAGAACCCUAUAUACUGCAUGCAAGCAUAGGGGCUUUGUGAUGAUAUCUUACUAUGACAUCCGAGCUGCUCGAACUGCAAUGCGUGCUCUACAAAAUAAGCCCUUGAGACGAAGAAAGCUCGACAUUCAUUUUUCCAUUCCUAAGGAAAAUCCAUCAGAGAAAGAUAUUAACCAAGGAACUCUUGUCGUGUUCAACUUGGAUCCAUCGGUAUCCAAUGAGGAUCUUCGGCAAAUCUUUGGAGUGUAUGGGGAAGUCAAGGAGAUCAGAGAGACACCACAUAAACGCCAUCAUAAAUUCAUUGAAUUCUAUGAUGUCAGAGCAGCUGAUGCAGCUCUUAAAGCAUUAAAUCGUAGUGACAUAGCUGGAAAGCGGAUAAAACUUGAACCCAGCCGGCCUGGUGGAGCCCGUCGAAAUUUGAUGCAGCAACUAACUCAAGAAUUGGAACACGAUGAAAUUCGAUCAUUUAGGCACUCAGUUGGAUCACCGGUUGCCAGCUCUCCUCCAGGCAGCUGGUCAAACUUCGGCAGUCCAGUUGAACCCAAUCCGUUGCGAGGUUAUAGUCAAUCACCUGGUCUGAGAAAUCUCAGCCCUGUAAACGGUAAUCUUAUGCCAGGGCUUGCCUCUAUUCUUCCUGGACACCUCUCAAGUCCGAAGAUUGCACCCAUUGGUAAAGAUCCUGCAAGGGUUGGGCAUUUGAAUCAGGUAACUUCUAGUCCAAAGUCGUCGCAAGGAGUGGGUUAUCAGCAUUCUUUUUCAGUCCCUGAGCAGAAACCAGCUUUAAGCAUGGGAUCUACGCCAUUUGGUAACUCUAAGGCAUCCGGUACUGGAACACUUUCUGGUCCACAGUUUCUUUGGGGUAGUCCCCCUAUUCACUCAGAGCGUUCCGACUCUCCUAUCUGGCCAGCUUCAUCAAUGGCACAUCCAUUCGCAUCAAAUGGACAAGGACAAGGCUAUCUCCAUUCACGUAGGCAAAGCUCUUUCCUUGGAUCCCAUCACGUGGGGUCUGCUCCAUCCGGAAAUCCUCUGGAUAGGCAUUUUGGUUUUUUCCCGGAAUCUCCUCAAACAUCAUAUAUAAACCCACAUGCAUUUGGCAGUGGAGGUUCUAGUCAUAACAGUGCAAGUCAGGUGAUGAAUAUAGGUAGCCUUGGAGCAAUGAACAUGGGUGGUGCUCUUACUGGGAACUUUACUGAAAGUGGUUCUCCUAGCUCUAGAAUGAUGCCAUUGACUAGGAAUGGACCUAUAUUUUUCGGAAAUGGCUCAUAUGGAGGAUCAGGAACCGUUAAUGGUGAAGGACUGAUUGAACGUGGUCGAAAUCGAAAAAUUGAAAGUGGUGGUAAUCAGAUUGACAACAAGAAACAGUAUCAGCUUGAUUUGGAGAAGAUCAUGAAUGGAGGAGAUACAAGGACCACCUUGAUGAUUAAGAACAUCCCAAACAAGUACACUUCAAAGAUGCUACUUGCAGCAAUUGAUGAGUCUCAUAAGAGUACAUACGAUUUCAUCUAUUUGCCAAUUGAUUUCAAGAAUAAAUGUAAUGUUGGUUAUGCCUUCAUUAACAUGGUGUCUCCUGCACAUAUCGUCUCCUUUUAUGAGGCAUUCAAUGGAAAGAAGUGGGAAAAGUUUAACAGUGAAAAAGUUGCAUCAUUGGCUUACGCACGUAUCCAGGGAAAGGUAGCUCUGGUUACUCACUUCCAGAACUCAAGCUUGAUGAAUGAAGACAAAAGAUGCCGACCAAUUCUUUUCCAGUCAGAGGGCCAAGAGGCAGCUGAUGAGGAAACUUUUCCAUCCAGCAAUCUGAAUAUUUGUAUCCGUCGGCCUGAUGGGUCAUAUUCAGGAGAUUCUCUUGAUAGCCCAACAGGCGAUCUAGAUGGGAGACCAGAGCUAUUCACCGGAAGCAGCUGACCCUCAACCGUGGCAAUGAGUGUUCUAACUGUGAAUAGAAAUUCGAGUACAUAAUUUAUCAAUGAAACCAGGAAACUGCAUAUGGUUACUUAUGUGUGCUAGUUGUGUCUGCUUUUUGGACGAAGGACACUCUAGAGCAUGUAGGACGAAUUGUUACAGAGGCCGAGAGCAUUUUGUUUAUAUGUAGAAUGAUGACAAUUGAUCUAUUUAACAGUGGGGGGAAAGUAACAAAUAAGGUUUAAGCAUUCAGCCAACUUGUGAAGCCUCUCUCUGCUGAUAUGCUUUUGCCAGUUUGGCUGUUAUGCUUCUUGUUGUGGUGGGAUUCUCUUGACUAAUGCAUACUUUUUGAUGUUAUACUUGUGGGGCUGUUUCAUAAGUGUAUAGGAUGGAGAUUAACAGACCCUGCAUUCUUUCUUGAAUCAUGUAAUGACUGGCU